UUUGCAUUUUUUUCGUUCCCUAUCAGUUAUCACUUCACUAUUGCUAUUAGCCCCGGGAAAUAGUUAAUUAACGAAAUUCAAAAACAAAAACACAUGAACAAACAAAACUUAAAAUUAAAUUUACAUUGUUAAGUAGUCCCGAGACGUAUGAAAUAAACUUGAACCCCUUAAAUGAAAAAUUAUUAAAAAAUCUUUUGUGCGAGUGUGUGACCCAUUAGACGUUCUACUGCGACAUUGUUUUUUUUUAGUUUGUCCUAGUUACUAAUUAAUUGUCCCUUUGUUUGAAGUGCAUUCAUUUCAUAUUUCUCAAGUCCUGCGGAAUAAAAUCAGUUUCAUUCAUAAACUUAAAUGUAUGGGUUGCCGUUUAACAAAAGAUGAAACUAAUCUUACAUCGAAUACUUCUGAGACCACCACGCCAGCUCCAGCUUCAGGUCCUAAAAUGCAUUUGCAGUCAAAAAGUGAAUACAAAUCUCGCCUGGAGCGUAAAAUGUGCCUGGCAAAAGAAACCCCCGAAGCGGAUUUCGAUUUGUCCGAUUGCAAUCUAAAAGAAAUUCCCGCAGGUGUUUUUAUCUACUGUCGAGUACUGCGCAAGGAAAUAUUAAAUUUAUGCAACAAUCAAUUGACAACAAUAACAAACUGCAAUAACAACAGCAUUGGUCUUCUGAGCGACCUACAACUGCUGCGUAUACUAAAUUUGAAAUUUAAUCGAAUCAAACAACUGCCAGAAGAAAUUUACAAAUUAGAAAACCUCAGGGAACUUUUAGUAUCAAACAAUCAGCUUGUAAAACUACCACAAUCUAUUAAUAAGCUCAGAUACCUUGAACAUCUCGAUGUAUCAAACAAUAAUUUACAAUCAAUUAGUGAGCUGAGUUGUAUGCCCAGUUUGAAGAUUUUAAAUAUAAGCCAAAACGAUAGCUUACAUCAGCUCCCUAUUACACUGGCAACUUGUGAUAUACUUUGUGAUUUGAUAUUGGACCAGGAAACUAUAAAAUGGCCUUCGCCGGAAAUUAUUGCAGGUGGAACGGAGACUAUAAUGCGCUUUUUGGCCACCGGCGAACGUUCAGCUGAUAUUUCAAAUGAAAUGUCAAAUAGACAAAAGAAUCCAGAAAAUGCCUUAAUCUCUCAAUUAAAAGAAAAUAAUCAUAAUGAAACACAUCGAACCAAUCAACUUAAAUAUCAGCAAAACGAUGAAAGUGGUUACGGAAAUGAGAAUGCACUUUUGGAACAAAUUCAACGACGUCAACAGCAACAAAAACAAGAGAUUUUGAAAGCAGUCCUUUUGCAACAAAACGAAACUGAGAAUUUAGUUAGUAAACUACAUCAACAAAAAGACAACGAACGCAAUGAAUUAAUAAAAGACAUAUUAGAUGCUGAAGAAAAUGCAAAUUUAGUUAUAGAUCAUUUUCUAGUCGCAAAGAAUAAAGCGGAUACUCAACUUUUGGAAAAAGAGCUCAUCGAAGAGCAACGACUUCUUGAAAACCUUCACCUUGAACAUUCCGAACUUCGUAAACAAGAAAUUCUCUCCACUAUGAUAGAUACUCUGCGCGAAGAAGAGUUUAAAAUUCAAUCUUAUCAAAGUAACCGAAAUGCUACGUCCUUGAAUAUAUUAGAGCAAGAGAGCAUUAAUUCUGAGCAGUUGAAUGAAUUUUAUCGUAACUAUGAAAAGAAUCGUACUGAUGUUGUUAAUAGAAUCUGUGAAGAUGAAGAACUCCAAAAACAAGCUGUCAUAGGUUUGAUGGCACAAAACGACGCCCGAUCUUGGGGUCUUGUUGAACAGUUGCGUAUAGUAGAAGUUCAGUUAGCUAGUAUGACUCAAUUAGAAAUCGAACGCAAGAAAUACUUCAACACUGAGCAGAUUAAUGAAUUGUCAGAUAAGAGAAUGCGUCUCACAUAUAUAUUAACUGAUCUUCUUGACCAACAAGAAUCACGACGUGCUAAAUUAUGUGACACCAUGAAAUCAAUGGAAGCUCAAAAGUCCAACGAACAGCAAGACUACUGGUUAUUGCAGUAUCAGAGAUUAUUGGAUUCGCGUCCGAUUGAGUUCACAUCGAAGGCAGCUAAUAUUGACCCGCUUUUGGGAUAUAAUUUCCUUGUUAACGGUGUUAUUCAUUGCUUGCCUUUUCUGCAGAAACUACUUUUAAAUUAUGAUUUAUUUUUGGAGAAGAUCUCCCAUCAGGAUCUAGAAGAAGCCGGAAUUCAAGAUGUUAGAGAACGCCGACUGAUAUUGCAGUCGAUUGAAGAUUAUAUUCGGGAUAGCUAUGUUGCCGGAUGUAGUGGUGAUCGUGAAGCCUCAGCGCCGCCAGCUGAGGAAGGGGAAGAAGCUGUUGAAAGCGAUAAUAUACCGUCGACUUCGAAAGCCAAGGUUCGUGAAUACUCUACGGAAUCUGAUGCAACGGCGAAUGCAUCGGAAUGUGUCAUUUGCAUGGAAGAAAAUGUUCGUAUUAUAUUUCUUCCAUGUGGCCAUAUGUGCUGUUGCCUUACUUGUCAACUUAAAGUUGCCAUCUGUCCUAUGUGUCGGGCUGAAAUCGAACGCAAAGUCAAAGUAGUUCAACCAUAGUUAUACAUUUUAUUUUGAUAAAACAUUCAUAUUAAACAAAAAUAGUGGGUAAAUAAUGGGUUUCUUUCUCUAUUCAACAAGCAAAUAAGCAUUUUUUUUCGAUUAGCUUUCUUCUAUAUGAAAAGCAUUUACCUUGCUGACACAAUUUAUCUUAAAACAAAAAAAUGUAGUUAAAAUAUUAAAAACAUAAAUAAAAUACGGGAAUUCUAUAACCAGCCGGGUCAAAUGAAAAUUUUCGCAUUUUCUCGCUUAGUUUUUUUUUUGUUGUUUUGUAACCAAUAUUAUGAUUAUUCAAAUCGAUCAAUUUCAUAUAACACCAAACAAACAAAUUAUGAAUUUUAAGCUAUUCUACUCAAACAUAACAAAGUACAUAGUAAAUUCAUAAUUUAAACGAAAAAAAGAUAUACCUUAUUCAUUUGGCCCGAAAGAAGAAAAAUAAACAAAUUUUAUAUUUAAAUUAAUUUAUAUUUAUUAAAAUAUAAAAGAUUUAUGAAAUAUUAAAAUAAUGCAAUAAUAACAAAUUAACUGUUUACCAAUAUAUGAAUAUGUAAGAGCAUUUUUUAUUGAACUUAAAUAAUAAAAAAAGAAUGUGCUGCAUAGAUUUCUAUUUCUUAACCUGUAAGGAAAUAUUUAUCUUUUUUUAAAAUAAAAUAUUUGCUUUUGAAAUCUUGUGAUUUAAAUGCCAAAAAUGACUAAAAUGUAUGGUUAAAGCUUUUCUCAACUGUUAUAAUUUAAUUUUUUAAGCUAAGAGCUUUUAAUUUUUGUGCUUUAAAUAUCUGAAGCUUUAAAAAUAUUUAUGCAAACCAACAAUAGACAAUGUUUUAAUAUCCAUAUGAGCCACAAAUGAUCUAUUGCUAUCAAAAUAUGAUUAACAAACCACAAACUGAUAUCAAAAGAUAUUCAAAUAAAACAGAAAUAUUCCUAAAUCGAGUCUUCGAUGUAUUUGAUUUUGGUUAUCUUAUUUCCUUUAUAAUUUAUGCACUAAUCCGACCAUAGAAUCACUUUACUAAUGUCGUUAUAGUAAUGUCAAUAAAUCGAUAGAGGUAUUCAAGAAGAAAGUACAAUAGCUUAGUGUAGCACAACAAACAAUUGCAUCAAAAUUUUAUUAGAUUACCUUCCAUUUGUAAAACACCACUGAACACCUACAAAUAAAAAAAUAUACUUCUUAUACUGGUGUCGCAAGGUUUAGAGUUGUUAUAACAAUUAUAUUAUACCUUCAUGAGUUAAGUGAUUCGACUAUUUCCACUUGUACUAAAAUUUAAUAUCUUAACAUUCGUUGACAAAGCUUCAUUGCAUUCUGUACAUAAAAUAAAUCUAUUAAUUUAAUAGAUUCUUUUAAAGCUUUUCUUUCGAUUGUUUUAAAAUUAGCAAUAUAACUUCUUUUCAGCAUAUUAAAUCAUCUGCUUACAAAACUAAUGAUUUUUAUUUGUGUAAAUUAUGUUUCUAUUUUCGUUAAUUUUAAAGGAUACAUAUUGAAAUUCAUAUUUAUAUUUUUAAAUUUUAAAUUAUUUAAAUUUUUAACAAUAUAUAAUACCAUUUUUUUAAUUAAAAAAGUGCAACCAAAUCCAUUCCAUUUAGAGGACUCGAAAGGUAAACGUUGGUUAAAAAAAUAAUACUAAAGUUGAAACACUAUUAUUACAUUAUUUGCCAAAUUAUUCGUUUUCGUGUUGGUUUUGUUUUAUAAUCUGUGAAUACAAUGAUUAUUUAAGUUUUAAAAAGUUGUAUUAUUGUAUUAAAAAAUCUUAUGAUAUUUACCUUUUAAGAAUCUAAAAUAUUUAUAAACUCUAUUCUAUUUGAUUUUUAUUCAUGAAUAAAUACAAACUAAAUCUGAAA